GGUCGACGGCGCCACAUCGGCAAAAUGGCCGACUCGGAGUUCGAGGAGUUCAGAAAUUGUUUUGAACCACUUCCCCAACAUCUAAAGGCGCCCGCCCAAACAUACACGCUGGUCCAUGAUGUGAUGGUGGAGGAAGAAUCUCCUUCACCUCAGACCAGCCCAGGGGAGGCUGUGGCAGAACCUCUAGGAGUUGACCUCCGACCUGUCAAACCUGCCUCAGAGGAUGAUUACUCCACCAGUGAAGUCUCCAGGCCCCAGUUCGUACCUGACAGUGGACAUGUCCCAGAGACACGGCUUGCUUGGCCUGAGAGACCCAGCGGCGAACGAAAACGGAGAAAACUACCUGAAAUUCCAAAAAACAAAAAAUCAUCAGUGCUGAGUCUAGCUGAAGAGUUAGGUGAUGCGUUGUCACUACAGAUCUCAGUCAACCCACCGAGGUCGCUGCUUCUGCUGAAGUGUCACGGAUACUUGCGCGACGCAGACAGCCCCGACUCUGACAGGUUCCAAAGUACAGAUGUGGACUCGGGUCACUCGACGGCUCACAGCCCGGAUGGACUCAAAUCAACAUCUCCUCAGCCAACCAUCGCACCAACUGACUCUGACACUCCCGGCUCCCCCUCCAGUUCAGCAGGACUUCCUUUCACACAUACUCAGCUUGAGUUACUAGAGCCAACUCAUCGAGGACUGCACAAGUUCAUCCCACGACAUCGGGACGAAAUGGAGGUGGAAAUAGGAGACCCGAUCUAUGUACAGAAAGAAGCUGAUGACCUGUGGUGUGAAGGUGUGAACCUAAGGACGGGCCAGCAGGGUAUCUUCCCGUCAGCCUAUGCAGUGGACAUGGAGCUGAAUGACUUUGAGGAGGCUCCUCGGGUGAAGAGAGAGAGGUUUCUGUUAGGCUACCUCGGCUCAGUGGAGACUCUCAAUCACAAGGGCAACUCUGUACUGUGUCAGGCUGUCAAGAAGAUUGUGUCGACCAAACACAAGGCUCACUCCUGCAUACUGGAGGUGUCGGAUCAGGGGCUGCGGAUGGUUGACAAGAGCAAAAAGAGUUCCAAUGCUCCAUGCCACGAUUACUUCUACUCCUUGAAGAACGUGUCGUUCUGUGCGUUUCAUCCGACAGAUCACAGGUACCUGGGUUUCAUCACCAAGCACCCUCAGCUUCACAGGUUUGCUUGUCACGUGUUUCUUGGCUGUGAAUCUACGAGACCUGUUGCAGAGUCUAUAGGGAGGGCUUUUGAAAGGUUUUAUACUAAGUUUAUUGAGACUGCAUAUCCGAUUGAAGAUAUUUACAUAGAGUAAACGCAAGAUUAGGAAGCUGACGGAGACCAAGAACCUCGGUACAAUAAUCUGCUUUGUGCACUUCUGUCUUUGACUUUUCCUCGCCUGGUGCAGCUGCAAGCUGUGAUCUACAGCUUAUAAGUUCAUAUUACUUUGUUCAUUUGUUACCAAGAAGUCUCAAACAGUUAAUGUUGAAUGUGAUGUAACUACACCUCAACAUUCUGAACACCAUGUGAAAAAGAUGAUUUGUGUAACGUUUUUGUCAACUUGUAGAAACAUUUAAAACUACUGGUACUGUUUUUAUUCGCAAAAUAUGAUAUUGAUAUUACCAAUUAUCAAUUACUAAGAUUGGGACGCCACCUAGGCGCAUAUUUUAACCUAAAUAAUAUUUGGAUUAAAAUACUAUUCUUCACUCAUCCUUCACAUAUAUUAUGUGUGAAGGAUGAGUGAUGAAUAAUAUGAGAUGAUCUGUGUAGCUUUGUUACUGACUAAGAUCAGCUGUUUCAUUAGCCAGGAUCAUUUAUUUAGAGCCCAAUGAUCAGGAACAGCUGGGUCCAGUUUUGAACCAUCAAAAAAAUACCGUAUUAUCAAUUGAGAUAACCCAAAUUUGACUACAGAAUGGAGUAAAAUGACUUGUGUCAUCAAAAGCCAAUUGAUGAAGAACAAUUGCGUUCAAUUUCCAAGCUUUUCUCAGGAGUGGCGGCGAAUUUUAGAUUGCUAGGCAGGCUAAAACCACUCAGCUACCUGAAAUUAAUAUUUGUACUUUGUAGUCUUUUAAAAAUAAAAAUACAUAAUUGAAAGCCUAACAAACAAAAUACAAAUGAAUACCCUGCAAUUUAUGACUACAGUGCUUAAUCAUUUCAACAUUUCAACUGUCUGAGACUUUUUGAGCUAAAUUUAUUGUUAAAAAUUAAAAAUACAUUCAAUAACUAACUAUGGUAGGUUUCCUAAUGUUUUUGUGAUGUUUCAAUGCCAAAGAUUUGUUUACAUUUGUGUUUACAAAGGGAAUAUUAGACAUUAGAUUAUUUUGUUACUUGUUUGUACAAUACCAUUUGUUAGAUGAAUGCCCCUGGGGGACUAUUGUACAUAUUUAUGUAUUUCAAUCAAUAGGCUUUGGUUGCCUUGAUUCAUGAAAUAUACUUUCCUACAGACUUAAUAAUUUGGAAAAUUGUAAAGGAUGUAUAAAGAAAUAUGAUUAUUAAAUA